AUGGAGAACCUACAACGAAAUAUAGCGUCCUAUUAUCGAUCGAAAGAUCCUAUUAGAAAUUUAAAAAUUAGAGUCACAUUGAAGAAGGUUACAGCGGCCAGCGUAGUGCCGACCUUCGCCCAUGAAAACAAAAAGCCAAGUGAUCAGAUUGAAAUGCAAACAAUAAAGAAGGAAGAUGAAAAAACUGAGAAUAAAGCCGAGGAAUGUGUUAUUGGAUGGCAAGAGAAACUGUAUUGUAAGAGGGAAACAGAUUAUUAUGCUGAUUCGGAAAACUGUAAUAGCGUCCUGGAUCACCUUUAUCAUAAGGAAGUUCUGUCCGUUAGAAAUAGCAGGACAAACAAAAGGUUGUUUAGUUAUGUGGAUCAUGAUAAUUUUGCCGAUGAUGAGAAUAACGACGAUGAUGAAACAAUCUAUGUCACUCCUGUUGCGAAACGCAUUUCUAAUUUAAGAAGAAGACGCUUAGCUAAUAAAUCAAUGGGAGAUAGAGCAGACAAAGACGGCAACAAAGUGGCAUUGCAGUUCAAGAACCCUAUAAGCGACGAUUCCUCUCGCACCUUAUCUAAAUUAAUUGUUCCAGAGCAAAGCAUGUUCAUAAUGGCAGAUUUAAGCAAUGACGAUAGAGAGCCAACUAAAGAGGACGAAUACGUGCUAUGUUCUGUUACGAUUAAUAGUAAUGGAUUAAUUUCAAUUAAACCGGAUUUUAAUACGUCAAAUUCCUCAUAUCGUAUAGUUACUAAAUCAGAAUAUCAAGAGGUUUAUGAAUAUCGUUUAGAACAUUGUAGCAAACCAAUGUCUAAAGUAGAAGAAGAUAGGGAAAAGAAGGCACUUAAAGAGUUAUAUCAAAGGCACGGUGCUUACCAAGCAAGUCUAAUCGGUACAGAAUUUGCAACACCGCCACCCUCUGGAACUUUAAGAGUAAACAUCUUUGGAGAAAUUAAUAUGGCAAAGAAUUUUGAAUACAAUGAUAUUUAUAUCCACUACUGUUUAUAUCUUACAACUGAAUGGAAAACAAGAGACUCGGACGUAAUUGCUGGCUUUACCCAAAUUUCUAAGUGCAAAGGCGAUAAAGAAAAAACUGCUCAUUUUGGGCAUCCUUUCGAGUUUGAAAUUACGUAUGAGAAAGCAAAUUUUAACCAAGUUGGUGUAUCAGAGUGGCCACAGUUAUUCAUAGAAGUAGUAUCUUGCGAUAGUUGGCAAAGAUAUCGUAUAGAGGGAUACGGUUAUACCUUAAUACCGCAAGCUCCAGGUAUGCAUAAAAUCGAGAUUCAGACGUGGAGACCGGUGGCCCCCGAUUUAGUUUCCGAAAUGAGAAGAUUUUUUAUUGGUGGUGCACCUGAACUUAACGAUAUAACUUAUGUUUCACAUCCUGCAGGAAGUGAUGGGCCAUGUCUUAGCAAAUAUGGUUUAAAAACUGCUAGUUCGGGUAGUGUUACGGUUAAAAUGAAUGUACUGCAGCAAUCGCAAUUCUUUGUGGAUAAAACAAAGUCUCGUAAGAAGGUUGGAACGUUGCUUGAUAAACUCGGUGGCGAGGAGACGCAAGCAGCUUUGGCUAAAGUAAUCGAUGCCUUUCAAAAAGCGCGAAAUCGUUUAAAGGCAGCACGAGGAGAAUUAGAUGGAAUCUAUUAG